CAAGGGGCCAUGGACGGCAGAGGAGGACCAGAUCAUUCUGCGAUGUGUUCAGGAAGGAAAUUUGAAAUGGGCGGCGAUCGCAGACUUAAUCCCGGGCCGCCUGGGGAAGCAAUGCCGGGAGCGGUGGUA